AGUAUACUUAUAACAAGAGGAUUACAUUACACCCCAUAUAAACUUUGAAGCUUGCUUACAGUUACAGAAAUGGUGAGAAUCGAAGUGGACGAGAACGAAGACCAGGUUUCUACUCCCCCAAAACCCUCUUCUUCCCACUUCAAGUACGACGAGGGCUUCGAGACCGCCAGCGAUGGCGAGCUUGGGGGCAGCGAUGACGACGAUCACCAUCGCCAACGGCAUCAAGAAACAGAGGAGCAGAAUCACCACUCCCAAUCGGAUCAACAAGAGGAACAAGUUUUUUCCCGUAAUGAUAUUGACGAUGAGCUCAAUCAGAAAGCCUUAGCACAAGCAAAUGAUGCUAAAUUGGAAGGCAAUCAAUUCUACAGUAGCGGACAGUUUGAGGAGGCACUAUCAAAAUAUGAACUUGCUUUACAACUUGCACCAGAGAUGACUUCCUCUGUGGAAAUAUGUUCUACGUGCCAUUCAAAUCGUGCAAUCUGCUAUUUAAAGAUGGGUAAAUAUGAGGAAACAGUUAAAGAAUGCACAAAAGCAUUGGAACUAAAUCCAUCAUACAUUAAAGCUCUGUUAAGAAGAGGAGAGGCUCAUGAGAAGCUUGAACAUUUUGAGGAGGCUAUUGCUGAUAUGAAAAAAAUCUUGGAUCUGGAUCCUUCAAAUGACCAAGCCAGGAAAUCAAUUCAUCGUUUGGAGCCACUUGCCGAAGAAAAACGAGAAAAAAUGAAAGAGGAGAUGAUUGGGAAACUGAAAGAAAUGGGCAACUCUUUGUUAGGUCGAUUUGGAAUGAGCGUCGACAACUUCAAAGCUGUCAAAGAUCCAAACACUGGCUCCUAUUCUGUUUCAUUCCAACGAUAGUUAUGCUGCGGGUGCAAGAUUAGAGCACUAUAUAUUUUUUAAAAUGUGCAGGGAAGAGAAGAUUCAAGUAAAUUCAGACUUGAUUCUAGGAAUUUAUUAGAUUGUGUGGAAGUUGUUUUGUCAUGAGUGAACAGUAUAUGAAUCAUGUAAUUUUGUUACUUUAAUGAGAUUCUAAAUCAUUGAAAGA